CUCUCCUUUUAAUACUCGGAGCAGAGAACGAGGGAGGGGGAACAAAAGAGAGGUAAUUUAGAAGAAGAGUUGUUAUAAAGAGAGACAGAGACUCGGCGAGGACCCAGAGAGAGAGAGAGAGAGAGAGAGAGAGAGAGUGGGGUGUUAAUGGUGGAGAAGAGGCCUUUGGUCCUCAUCCACCUCCUCGCUGCUCUACUGCUAAUGGCUCUCACCUCCUUCCUCCCGGCUGCCGCACCAACCAGUCAUCACCACCACCACUCCGACGAUGAACAUGAGAGAAAGAAGAAGAAGAAGAAGAAGAAGAAGCCACCUCCAACUCCCCGUACCAGGACGCUCUCUCCGCCCUCCUCUUCGUCGUCGUCAUGGGAGCAAUUCAAGAGCCUGCUAAGCUGCCGGAGCAGCGCAGCAACGCAGGUCCACGACCCCUCGUCGACGGCAGCAAGACUCGGCCGCGCCGUCUGCGGGUCCUCCAUCUGCGCCAUCCGCGAUGUGGUGCACGGCAACACGAGGGUGGUCCACCGCUCCGACACCGACCUCUCCUCCGAGGCCAGCUCCAUCGCCCAGCACGAGACCGCGCCACUCGCUCGGGCCGCCCGGUCGGCCCGCCACCACCCGCCGGUGUCCUCCCUGGGAUGCGGCAGCCACUCCAGAGGCGGAAUACAGCUGCGCAAGCUGUCGGGGUGCUACGAGUGCCAUGCAGUCUCCAUCGAGCCUUCUUCCAGGAGGUAUCCGAGGCCAAGGACAACACUGUGUGCGUGUUCCGAGUGCGGGGAGGUGUUCACGAAACCUGAUAGCCUGGAACUGCAUCAAGCCAUACGCCAUGCGGUGUCGGAGUUGGGGACGGAGGACUCAGGGCGCAACAUCGUGGAGAUAAUCUUCAAGUCCAGCUGGCAGAAGAAGAAGGACCGCCCGAUCUGCAAGAUCGAACGUAUACUCAAGGUCCACAGCGCCCCGCGCACCGUCGCCCGCUUCGAGGACUACCGCGCCGCCGUCAAAUCCCGCGCCCUCCCUCACCUCUCCUCCUCCUCCGCCUCCGGCGCCGCCGCCCGCCACCACCCGUCCCGCUGCGCCGCGGACGGCAACGAGCUCCUCCGCUUUCACUGCACCUCCCUCUCCUGCCCCCUCGGCGCUCGCGGCUCCACCUCCCUCUGUCCCAACUCCAGCUCCAGCUCCCCCUCCUCCUCCUGCGGGGUCUGCACCAUAAUCCGCCAUGGCUUCGCCCGGGCACAGUACCCGCACGGCGUGCGCACCACCGCCAGCAGCGGCCGCGCUCACGACUCGGGGCCUUCGGCCGCCGCGGAGGACGGCCGCGGGGAGCGGCGGGCGAUGCUGGUUUGCCGCGUCAUCGCCGGGCGGGUCCGGCGCACUCCCGACGACCCUGCGGCGGAGGAGGCGUACGACGCGGUGGCGGUCGGGGACGGAUGCGGGGCGUACGGAAAUCUGGAGGAACUGAUCGUGGCCAAUCCGAGGGCCAUCCUGCCUUGCUUCGUCGUCAUCUAUCGGGCCGUCAGUUGAGUGAUACAUCUGCAUAGAUUCUGAUGGUGAUAGCGUGACAGACAAAGGGUUGCUCACCCGCUUCAAAGUCAUUGCCUUGUCAAGCUACUACUCUUUUGCUUGUACAUAAAAGAUUCUGCUUGUUUUGUUGCUACAUCUUGUGAGCUCUGUCUUCAUGUUUUAUGCGUAGUAAAAUGUAGUUGGCGCAUCUAUCACAUUUGCACAA